AUGCUGUUGGCCACAUACCUUGUUUUGUCCUCCACAGUGUUUCCAGCCUACCUUUCAUUCCCGUAUCCAACUCAGAGGUUCCUGUUUGUGGAUUUUGGACAGACGGCGCAGAUUCGGUGCACUUCUGCAGAAAAAAUUGAGGAUGGCGGAUUAUCAUUCAGUUGGUAUAAAAGAAGAGAAAGCAGAUUGCCAGUUUUAAUCAAACGCUGUAGUGAUAGAAAAACCGGGGACAGAUUUGUCUGCAGAACUGAAGCUGACAGUCAAAACUCAGUGCUGAAGAUCUCGAAUGUCCAGAGACAUUAUAAUGUCAGCAACGGAUUAUACCUACUGAUUGUUGGAGACAGUUAUACCCCAAGCACCUGGGUGAUGCUUCUAAAACCCUCUGCGCAAGGGCCGUCUUCCCAGUUGGAGAACCAGCUCGCUUGCGUGGUCUAUGGAGCAUCCAACUUAGUCCAGAUUUCUUGGGACGUCCCAGGAGAUCUCCCACAUGAGGCCUGGACCCUUUUAGCAAAAAACAACAGUGGAUCCUUAACCAUUGUCAGUCUCCUUCGCUUCCCCAUGGAAUUACACAGCAGCGGGGUAAAUAUCACCUGCGAAGUCAGGUUCAACUCCUCCCGCACCAGCCUGAAAAGGAUCGCCAUGUUCAAUGCAUGGUGCCACACCGAGAUCUGUGAACCUCCUCCUUCGGAAGCAAUACAGGAUGGGAUUUGCUACGCCCAACUGAACUUUCAGGCAAAGACCCAAGAUGAGAGGAAGAGAAGACCAGCAGGGCAAGGGAAGAAAUCCAAAAUUGUGAAGGACCUUUGAGAAGCAUCAGCUGCUAGACUCUGAUUUGGGAGGGUUUUUAUUUUAUUUUAUGUAAUACAGGUGAAACUCGGAAAAUUAG